UCGUGCUCUUCCCAUCAAAGCGUAAAACACCACUCGCAAAAGCACAAUAAACGAAAUGGUGAGUCAGCUGGGUAGCUAGUCGACGCCUCCGAGAAGCUGACCACUGCCUGUGAUGUAUCGCGACUUGUAGACUGAUUCGCGGGUGUGAUAAAUCGGCAAUUAGCUAAUGCGAUUUUAAUCCCCGCCGGGAUUCUCAAACCACUGAUAAGACCGAGUCUUCUUACGUUCACUUAUUGUUCUCUCCAUAAUUUCCGUACGCAAUUUCGUUUUUUACACGCUUUACUAUCCAGAAAUCCGAGUGAUUGAGAUUAUGUGAUGUCACUUGAUACCGCAACAAGUCGCUUCAAAAUGGUGUCGUUUUCGUUGCUUCAAGUUUUUGCCCUGAUUAUUGCGGCCUGCGCAGGAGCUGACGAUUUUGAUUCCAGCCAACAACCGUCAAUCUCAGCUACAUCGUCCAUUAAUUUAGCCAAAUCAGGUGCUCCUCAAGGAUCAUGGCAAGCAGGCGCCUACAAUGGAAACUACUACGCCCCUCCCAGACCACCUAACUAUCCUCAUAUGCCAUACAAUUCACUCAAUAAUUUAUACACUUACACAAGUUACUUGCAGCAAUACAUAGCUCAACUUCAGGCAAUCAUUCAACGGCAAAUUGAAGCUCAAAGGCAAUCUGUUGCAAACUAUGUCUCGAGCUCGGUGGCACCACUGACGGGCGGAGUUCAGGGCGCCAUGGCCGGCGGCUUCGUGGGGCCGAACGGAGGAGGCCAUGGGGAGGCGAGUCUCCUCCCUUACCCGACCAACGCCCAGGGGGGCCCCAUCCCCGCGGGCCCCGGGCUGCAACACCCCGGCGCACCCAACUAUCACGCAGUGUUCUCUUCCGCCUCCAGCAGCUCCAGCGACGUCAACGGAGAACACAAACAAGAGCACUCGGCCACUUUCGGCGUUAACAAUAAUGGCCAAGUCACAACGUACACGGCACACAGUCCCUGACCCGUGGUGUGAUCAUAAACGUAGCAGAUAAAACUCAGUGGAGCUCAGUUGAGAAGGGGAGGGGGAGGAGAUUAGAGAGGUCGCUGCCCGUAAAAAUGCAGCAAGAGGUUUUUUACACGCCUACCUGUUAUCUAAUAUUGACAAACUUCAUACUGUAUGUUACUUUCAAUUGAUUCCCCUCGCAUGAGAAACUGAUACCUGCAAAAAUCGUACAAAUCGGAUAUCUUGAUGGUAACCAAAGAAAUGAAAUGAAAAGAAAUGGUGGGUAAACAGUCAUGAAUAGUUUCGGCAAAUCACCGAAAAUGUUUAAUAUGCUUGUUAUAAACUUUAGAGGGUAGACAUGGUUUUUCGUUCUUACCUUUUUUUGUAAUAUUUUAUUGUGCUGCCAAUUGAGGGGCUUGGAGGACAAGGCGCAUAAGUGCAGUUUUUGAAAAAUUGAGAUAUUAAUACUUUCAAGUAAAUUUAGUCUUACUUAAUGCAUAUUCUUUACAAAAUAUUCGAUUCCAAAUUCCAAUUUUUAAGCAUUAGAAAGUUAGUUUGAACUUUCUUUCCGCCACAAGGAUCCAUGUAAUUUCGAAAUUUCAAGCAUGUACUUCUCGAAAUAGCAAACUAUGCGCCUUGUCCUCCAAGCCUUUCAAUUAUUUAUUUACUCCUGUAUGUAUUAUUUUAUUGAGCUGAGGGGGAGAGUAUAAAGAGAGAAGUAGGCUCACGAUAUCCUUCCCUAAACGUGUAAAACUUUCGUAUUUAAUUUUACUAACACUCACUUUAAAGUAAAAACUUUUAUAAAAUAUU